AUGCCCUGGCAAGCCCAGGUCUGUACCUUCUGCCAAAAGCAAUAUGUACACAAGACCGGCCUCCGUGACCAUUUGAGCUGCUACACAGGGGAUGUGCGAAUACCCGCCGAUGGAAUCCACGACGUCUUGAAGAUUGAGAAAAUUCUCGACGGGGGAAAUAGGAGACACUGCCAGUAUCGAUGCCCAGUCUGCUCCAAGACCAUCAACGGGCGAUACAAUUUCAUUGAACAUGUUGUUUAUUCAAAGCACCACGAUGUUCUAAAUGGUGAUUUCCAGAAAGGCACUAUCAGACGAUACCGGCAUCAAGGAUGGCCAUUCCAAUUUGAAAAGAAAACGGUCAAAGUCUGGCAGCGGAAGGGAAAGUUUCCUUUUCUUCGACUUCCUUUCGGUCUGUGA